AUGCAUUCUUCCGUCUCUUUCCUUGUUGCGGCGCUUGCUGCAGGCGCUCUGGCCAUGCCAAUGGCAGAGACCACUACUACCACUUCCAACUAUUGCGGCUUCGGUACUGAUGCGAAUGGUUCGUGCAUCGUUCCAACUACGACCUCGAGCUCUGUUUCCUCUACCUCCACCUCGAGCGUCUACUGUGGCUUUGGAACAGCCCUCGAUGGCAGUUGCGUUACUCCUUCUUCAACGUCUACAUCAGCCUCAUCUACUACGACUUCGUCCUUCUAUUGUGGUUUUGGUACGGCUUUGGACGGCAAAUGCAUCACUCCCACAACCACUACUACAUCGGUCUCAUCUACAACGACUUCGUCGUUCUACUGUGGUUUUGGCACGGCCUUGGACGGCAAAUGCAUCACUCCUACGACCACCACUACAUCAAUUUCAUCUACUACGACUUCGUCAUUCUACUGUGGUUUUGGCACGGCGCUGGACGGAAAAUGCAUCACUCCCACCAGCACUACCACAUCGGUCUCAUCCACAACGACCUCGUCCUUUUGGUGUGGAUUUGGUACGGCGCUUAAUGGUAAAUGCGUUACCCCAACCAGCACCAGCACCAGCACCUCGACUGCUAGCACCACCAGCACUUCCUCCUCCUCUCACUCGAUGACCACCACAACGAAGAGCACGAGCUCUAGCACAAGUGCCAGCAGCAGCACGAGCACCUCGAGCAAACAUACCAGCACCUCCAGUAAGCAGACGAGCACCAGCAGCGUCCCGACUACUACUGCCAGCACCUCCUCUUCUUACUAUUGUGGAUUUGGUACUGCUUUGAACGGGAAGUGUAACCCGGCCCCGACCUCGACUAGCACCUCGACCACUUCCACCACCACUCCUGCAUCCCAUUGGUGUGGAUAUGGAACGGCCGCCAACGGUCAGUGCAACCCGGCACCUACCCAGUCGACCACCACUCCCCACGGGUGUCCUGCUCCCGCCACAGUGACCGUCACCGCCACUCCUACUUUGGCCCCCAACUUCUUCUAUGGCUUGAGUGACUGUGUUGGCUGUCAAACAAUCACAAUCACCAUGGCCGUGCCCACGUCCAUCGGUGCCUGGUAA